CACUUCCUGAUUUACCUGCAGCCGGAGGAGCAACAAACGGACUGAGCUGCUUCACGUUCUGCUUGUAUGAGAGCAGGUUCAGAAUCCUAGAUGAAGAUAGGGGGAAAUGUCUUAUCCUUUGAGACCCCAGAAUUCCAGACAGAGAGGGAGUACUGGGAAUCCUGCAAAUCGAAACAGCUUUCCGGAAGAAAUCCAACAUGAUCCAAUAAGACCUGAAAAUCCCGAUGAAGAGGAGAAACCAGAGGUUAACUAUGUCAGGGGAAUGAUCAGAAGGAUAAAUAGUAUGAGCAUCAAACCAGACACCAAUGGGAGAAACAUCCAGAAACCGAAGGACAUAAAAUAUCAAGAAACAAAGUCUCCAUCUUAUUCAAAAAGCCCAGAAAACAUAAACUGGAAGACUGGAAAUGGAACCCACCAUCUCAAUCAAUCCCAUUUAGAAGACAGAUCUCAGCAGCCUGAGGAUAUUCCCAGACAUAAAGAAGAGAAACCAGAGGUUAACUAUACCAGGGGAAUGAUCAGAAGGAAAAAUAGUAUGAGCAUCAAACCAGACACCAAUGAGAGAAAUAUCCAGAAACCAAAGGACAGAACAUAUCAAGAAAAAAAGUCUCCAUCUCGUUCAAAAAGCCCAGAAAUCAUGAAACGGAAGACUGGAAAUGGAACCCACCAUCUCAAUCAAUCCCAUUCAGAAGACAGAUCUCAGCAGCCUGAGGAUAUUCCCCGAUACCCCCAGUCCGACCUGAAAGGAAGGCGUCUCAGUCAAAGGUCAAGUCUUCCACGGCCAUCAAUACCAGAAAAGCCAACCAACAUUAAGAGUGAAACUUGUCCACCUAAAUCACCACAGCAAUUAAAGACAGUGGCGGUUAACGAUCUAAGGAAAAAUAGUGUCCGAGAAAGUUCUCAGAACUUUCCGUGUGAUAAGAAAGUCAGGGCAAUGAAAGAAAGGAAUCUCCCUCCAAGGCCUGCGCUACCAAGCCGGGUCUCCGAAGUCAAGAGAGAGACUUGUCCACCUGAACCAUCACAACCUUUGAACACGGUAAAUGCCAAGCAGCAAGAGGAAAAGUAUGGCCCCGAUCAUUGUCACAAACCCCAAGAGCACCACCAAGAGCAAGGAGCUACUAGCCACCUACAUAUGGCAGAUAUAAAGUUCAUGGCUUCAGACUGCAAACGCCAUUGCCCAGGGGCAGCAGGUUCCCAACUAAGAAAUCCUAAAAGGCGGCCUCUUCCCAUUUUUUCUCAACAUCAGCCAUACAAACACUCUGAUGAACCUGACCUGGAUCUUUAUACAGACCCUUCAUGUGAUCAGGAACCCAUUUCCCAAGAGGAAGCAUCUUCCAGUACUACACCAUCAGGUAGAAGAGAAGCAUUUGCAGAUAUUUUAUCACAACUGAAGAUGCAGAAGUCUAAACUGUCACCUAAGGAUGUUCUAAGCAUUGGAAAGGAAUCUGUAAUGAAUGUUGAGCUUAAGACUGUUGAAGACAUCCCCCAGUAUUUUUUGCAGAAAGUCAUGGCUCUUGAUGUUGGAGCAAGAAACACAACAUUAAACCAACCAUCACCUGGUCGGGGAGAUCAAUGGGAUCUGACGUUCAAUGAAUAUGAAAGCAUGGAUUUGCAGAAUUCCAUCCAUCCACUUGAUGUUCUUUGUGCUGUUUUUCAUUGUUCAGAUAACGUUCUGCAGCAGGAACUCAUAUCUAAAAUGUCUUUGUGCCAAUUUGCCGUCCCUCUGAUCCUUCCAACUGGUGAUGGCACCGAAUGUACCUUCUUGCUGUGGGCAAUGAGAGGCAUUGUAAAAAGGUGGAGGCCUCAUUCAUUAGCUGAAACAAGAGGCUUCAUUGAAGACAAUCUAGUCAAUGUAUGUAUGCCAACGUUUUCUUUUGUCAGACUGGGGGAGUGCAACUUAUCCAAGUCCAAAAUCCUAAACCAACUGCUUUGCCAACCUCAGACCUAUUAUGAUAUUUUUGUGAACCAUGAUAUGGACUGUGGCAAUCAAGAAAAAAGAAUUGCAGAUGGACUAGUGGAAAUUUCUUGGUUCUUUCCUGGAAAUCUUAAUAAAUCUGAGAUGUUCGAAGAACCCGUGGCAGUCACCAAUUUGCGAGGGGACUUGAAGUCCAACUGGAGACAAUUUGCAUUUUUAGCAAAUGUUUCAUUAGCUGUGUUUAUAUUGACAAAGUAUCUAUCUGAGAAGGAUUAUGAAUUAGUUUUGUCAUGCAAAGAUGCCAAAACACAUUACUAUUUUAUUAUUGACAUAAGCGCCGGCAAGCAGCCAGAUAAAGAAACAAUAGAGAUAGUGAAGAAGAUGUCUAAGGAACCUAAUGUUCACUUUUUGAAGGCCAGUAUUAGAAAUGUAACAGAACUAGUCAAGCAAAUACGGCAGGUAGUCGUUAAAUGUUUGGGGAGCCCUGUAAGCAUUCAAGAUCUGGCUGAUACAGCCCCUAAACAUGGCAUCCAAGUAGAUGAGAAUUCUCUGGAAUGUCAAAAAGCCAAAACUCAAGCAAUUUCUAUCACAAGUGAGAUAAAAAAUGUAGCGGAAUUUAAGGGAAAAGCAAUGCCUCUCCAGGGAAAUCUAUGGAAAGAAUUAGCCAAAAUAGAAAAAGAACAAUGUAGGAUGAAGUACCAAGGAAGCACUAACAUUAAUACGUAUAAGAGGGAACUGUCAAGGAAAUGUUUUGAGCUACACAGGACACAAUACCAGUGUGAGGUUCCUCGUAGCAUAAAGAACUACAUGAAUAGUUUAAUGACAUUGUCCCCAGUGGAAAGGGAAUAUUUUAUCAGGUGGAUGAAGUUUUAUUUGGAGGUAAUAACAAGAAAAAGUCUGUCAGGCUUACAGGCUGAAUACAAAGAAAAAUACAACGAAUUGUCAAAAAAUCCAAACAAGUUGAAUGAACUAUACCAUAAAAUGUCUGACAGCUCAUUAGGGGUUGAUCACUUUCUCCGUGAGCUGGGGCAGUUCUAUGAAGCAGAAUGUUGCAUGGUUGAUGGAAACCAAAUACAAUCAAAUGAAAGGCAAUUCAGUAAACUCCCUGGAGUAGCAGCUGAUCUCUUGUUGGAUGGGUUCCCAUUAGAGCUCAUAGAUGGAGAUGCCUCCAAUAUCCCUCUGAAAUGGAUAACAGCUGUUCUGAAAGAGCUAAACAAGAAGACAGAGGGAAGAUGUAGAAUGAGAGUAAUCACAGUGCUGGGAGUGCAGAGCACAGGGAAAUCCACCCUCCUGAACACCAUGUUUGGGCUGCAGUUCCCCGUGGCCAGUGGACGUUGCACACGAGGAGCCUUCAUGACUUUGAUUAAAGUGAAAGAGAACUUCCAAAAAGAGCUGGGUUGUGACUUUAUUCUGGUGAUUGACACUGAAGGUCUGAAGGCUCCAGAAAUGGCUUCUCUAGAGGACAGCUAUGAACAUGACAAUGAACUUGCGACUCUAGUCAUUGGGUUGAGCGAUAUCACCAUAGUCAACAUGGCCAUGGAAAACAUCACAGAAAUGAAAGACAUCUUACAGAUAGUAGUCCAUGCGUUCCUCAGAAUGAAAGAAGUCGGAAGGAAACGCAACUGCUUCCUCGUCCAUCAGAAUGUCAACGAUGUGUCUGCUUAUCUGAAUAACAGAAUAAAUAGGAACAAACUUUUGAAUGAACUAAAUGAAAUGACAUGCAUUGCGGCAAAAAUGGAGAAAAUAAAUUUGUCUUUGGAUUUCACUGAUAUUAUUACUUACAAUCCUGACAAGCACAGUUGGUACAUCCCUGGGCUUUGGCACGGCGUCCCACCAAUGGCCCCAAUAAACUCAGGGUAUAGUGAAAACAUCUUCAAGCUGAAAAAAAGUUUGGUUGAACUAAUGAAAGCGAGCGAGUGCCCGGCUCCUCAGAAUAUCGACUCGUUCAUCGAAUGGAUACAAAGUUUGUGGAAAGCCGUAAAAUUUGAGACUUUUAUUUUCAAUUUCAGGAAUAUUCUGGUUGCUGAAGCCUAUGAGCAACUGUCUACUAAGUAUUCAGAACUAGAAUGGAAUUUCCGCAAACGGGUUUAUUCUUGGGUGACAGAGCAAGAAAAUGUGAUCAAAAACCAACCACAAAGUAAACUAGAAUCCAUCAUGACAGAAAUUCUAAAUAAUGAAACAAGUAAGCUAUUGGACAGACAAGAGGCCCACAUGACAGAGCAGCUGAAAUAUUUCUUCGACACGGGAAGUAAUAGAAUGUACCUCGCCGAAAGAUACAGAGCAGAUUUCCUGAGCUACGUCAAAUGUCUCCGAAAGAACCUGGAAGUUAUUAUAUCCAACAAGUGCUGGGAAGCUGUUCGAAUUCACAGCGGGAAGCAGGAAGUUCAAAAACUUCAGGAGUGUUGCCAGAAAUUUCUUGAAGACAAAGUUGACAUCCAUAUGAGAAACCAAAACUUGAAAUUACGUCACAUGAGCGACUCGGAAUUAAAGGAAGAGUUUGAGUCUAUGUGGGAACAAAUUCUGUCCGAAUUACAGGUGGGUCGUCUGAGGAAACAUAGGAUUGACGUUGAAAUUCUAGAGCAACUUACAAAGGAAAUGAGAAACAAAGAUGGUGCCGUUCAGGAGAAACUUCAGAGCAUUAAAUCCCUAAAAGAUUAUGAACAAAACCCCUUUGAGAUGAAUAAGAGCUAUGUUACCAUUCCUUGGUACUCACCAAAAGGCUUCAUCGAAAUAAUCAACCAUGGCUGCUAUAAGAAGCUAAGUCAGAUUGCAAAGUCAUUAGAAAGUGAUUGCCAGAUGUACGUGAAAGAUAUCAUUAACACGGGAGAGGAUUACAAUGAAAUAUACUGCCAGGAACUGCUGACCAUGAUAAAUUACAAAAUGAGCAACGAGGAGGUGAGAAAGCUUUACCCCAAUGUGUUGUUUGAGGUUGAUCUGAAGUUACACAUUUUAGGAAGAGCAGCCACUCAGUUUCAGAAGAUGCACGACGACUUUGGCUUGAAUAACGACCCCAAACUGCUCAUAAACAGGCUAAAGCCGCAAUACUUCUCCAUAUUUCAGGACAAAUUACGCCAGAAAGACGAAUCCAAAGUCAGAGCUAGAGCUUUCUGUCAACAAUGUCUGAAGCCUUCCAUCUGUGGCUACGUUUUCAAUCAUCUCGGCAAAGAAAUAAUCGACGACGUUCUGAACAAUUCUUUAAACAUCAGGUUCAACAGCCAGAGCCAUUUCCAUUACAGUAUCCUGAAAGAACUGCUGGAAAUAAACCGAUUCGACCACUACGCCGAAUAUAUUGCCCACUACGAGUCCUAUGUGAAAAUGUGGAUUCUGAAGUUCAUUGAACAGAAGUAUAAAAAUUCCAAGCGCUUCGAUCAGUUGGUCACGCAAAUCCUUUUGUCCGUCGUUAAUAAAAUACAAACGGCUCUCGGGGACAAAAACGUGCAAAGGAGCCAAAGUAUUACGGAAUUUUUUGAAAUAUUCCGUGGCAUUUUAAGCAAACACUUGGUGAUUUCCAAGAACGCGGUGAAAGUCAUCAUUUUUCAAAACACCGCCGAUAUCAGGCAGUUUUCGCACAACAUUGACGUUUUUCUUGUAGAAACGCAAGAACAAAUCAGGGCAGAAAUUAAGUCUCUGAGCUUCGAAGUUUUACUUUCUCAUCUUCUGAUGAAACCUCACAUUGAAUUGUUCAAGAGAAUCAUUGGAUGCGGGAAGAAGUGUCCAUUUUGCAAUGUCCCUUGUGAAGCCGGAGGAGAUGCCCACCAAGAGCACUUUGCAUCUGCUCAUUGGCCCAAGGGUUUGGCUGAAUACACAUUUUCUGAUAAGAAUGUUCUCUCCAAGACAACAUGUUCCACAGCUAUCAUCUCUAAUGGUUCUUUCAGAAAUCCAGACACAAAAGGAAAAUGGCAUCCGUAUAGAGAUUAUCGAACUGUCUACCCCCAGUGGAUCAUACAUCCAGAGAGAAGCACAAAAUCUUCACUGUACUGGAAGUUCAUUUUUGCCCAGUACAAUAAGGACUUUGCAAAACUCUACCAAGCAAAUCCAGCAGAUAUCCCAGAGGAAUGGCUGACAAUAACAGGGGAACAAGCUCUCAGUAGUUUAAAAGAAAUAUACAAUAUCAAAUAAAUCACAACUUCUACAUGAAUAACUGUGAAAAUGCUCAUAGUCCUGGGUAGCAACCAGAGAUACUUUGUAGGCCUUCUUACAAAGUUGUAAACCCAACCAUAAUGCUGUCCAACUGGGCCCCCUAGUUCUACUUUAGAAGUUGCUUAAAAAACGUAAUUAUAGAUGU